ACCAACCCGCGAGAGCGAGCGAGGCAGCGAGCGCGCCCAGCCCGCGGUCAGCUGCCGUUCUUCAAAAAGUCAAAUCUCGCUCCGGCGCAGCCUGCCGCGACGCCCCUCCGCUAACCAGAGGGGGGGUUGUGGGGGUCUUUGGUGGUGUUUUUUUUUAAUUUUUUAAAAAAUUAUUAAGAAUCAGGAGGGAAACUGGCUUUGUGAACUAGGUUAACUCGGCCGCAUUGUUUUGCCUCAUUUUUUUUAACCUGCAGAUUUUCUAGAAGCUUUAAGUGCAUCCCGAAAGGUGUUUACUCAGAAGCAAGACCCGUGGAUGCCCGCGAGAGACUUGCUUGCCAGUAAAAAGUGUACUUGGGAUCGUAGCCUGAGCGUGCCAAAAAAAAAAAAGUGUCUUCCUUUCCCGUCGAUGAAAAAAGUGUGUGCCUGCGCGGAGUUACUAGAGAAAAGAAUUCCUCUUUAAAAAGAAAUAACUUCAUAAGGGCACGAUCUCGCCGGCAGCAUCAAGUAUACCCAUCAAUCGCCGUUGGCUCAAGUCUUUGCCUUGGGAAACGCCGGCAGGAAUUCCUCAUCCAUGGGAGGGCGUGUCUAGAGGGACACAGCAGGAACGUGGAACCCACCUGAGGCAUAUUUACUCAGAAGCCCUUCUUCCUCGGCAGACUUCCCCACCCAAAGCUUCUGAAGAAGAAGAGGAAGAAGGUGGAAGAGGAGGAUCCGGUCCCCCUCUUCCCACCCCCACCCCGGGAUUUUGGCCACCUCGCCUCCACCCCCACCCCAAAUUUAGCAUGAUGUCUUAUCUUAAGCAACCACCUUACGCGGUCAACGGGCUGAGCCUCACCACCUCCGGGAUGGACCUUCUCCAUCCGUCCGUCGGGUACCCAGCCACCCCUCGGAAACAGCGGAGGGAGCGCACCACCUUCACCCGGGCGCAGCUCGACGUCCUGGAAGCCCUCUUCGCCAAGACCCGCUACCCGGAUAUCUUCAUGCGGGAGGAGGUGGCGCUCAAAAUCAACCUCCCAGAGUCCAGGGUGCAGGUGUGGUUCAAAAACCGUCGGGCCAAGUGUCGUCAACAGCAGCAGCAGCAGCAGAAUGGCGGUCAGAACAAAGUGAGGCCAGCAAAGAAGAAAACCUCUCCUGCUCGAGAAGUGAGUUCAGAGAGUGGAACCAACGGGCAAUUCACACCUCCAGCCAGCACCUCAGUCCCAGCCAUUUCCAGCAGCAGUGCUCCUGUGUCCAUCUGGAGCCCCGCUUCAAUCUCCCCACUCUCUGACCCCCUGUCCACCUCUUCUUCAUGCAUGCAGAGGUCUUACCCUAUGACCUACACUCAGGCUUCUGGCUACAGCCAAGGAUACGCUGGCUCCACCUCCUAUUUUGGAGGGAUGGACUGUGGAUCUUACCUAACCCCUAUGCAUCACCAGCUUCCUGGACCAGGGGCUGCCCUUAGCCCCAUGGGUACCAAUGCCGUUGCAAGCCAUCUCAACCAGUCUCCAGCUUCACUCUCCACCCAGGGCUAUGGAGCUUCAAGUUUGGGGUUUAACUCAACUACCGAUUGCUUGGAUUAUAAGGACCAAACAGCCUCCUGGAAGUUAAACUUCAAUGCUGACUGCUUGGAUUAUAAAGACCAGACGUCUUCUUGGAAGUUCCAGGUUUUGUGAAGACCUGUUAGGAACCCUUUGUGGUGGCAUUGAUGAUAACGAUUGAUAACAAUAAAGAUCAUAAUCAUGUUGUUGAGACAGACCAGACAGAACCCGUGGUGGGUCUGAACAUUCCAACUGUAGUCAGGUUUUUGGUUUAAAUUAAAGAGAAACAAACGUGAGCAGGACACAAGUAAACAAAACAACUGAAAAAGACAAGAGAGACAGUGUGCCGUGAUCUCUUCUAGUUUCAUCUCUCGCUCAGAAGCUCUGGAAAGGACAAGAAGGAAGGCUGCCUGAUGUGGACAGAGAGCAGAACCCCAGUCCACUCGUUUUUUUUCAUAGUUUUAGCCAACUGCUGGAUUUCUUUGUCCAGAUGGAAUGGGGAAUCAUUCCAGCUAUGGGCCAAGUUUUCUGUGGGAGGGGGGCUGGGCUGGGUUUAGGGUUUUGUUUUUGUUUUUAAGAAAAAUGUCUAGAUUUUUCUUUCUUUCUUUUGUGUGUAUGUGGGGGGGUAUACCCCUUCCUCUCACUCUUCCCCAGUUUUUGUCAUCCAAACCUUGGUUAAAAACAUUAUAUAUAUAUACAUAUAUAUAUAAAUGGACAAUCUCUCUCUCUCUCUCUCUCUCUCUCUCUCUCUCUCUCUCUCUCUCUCUCUCUCUCUCUCUCUCCUUUUAAUUGCUUCAGGGCCAGCCUUUGGCAAAGUUGGCCCCAUGAGAAACAAAGAAAGGAAGAACUUGGUUCAGAGCUCCAUGGGUUGUGGGACUGAUUGUCUUAGAUGCACUACUUUAUUUAAGAGGAAAAAUAAAUAAGAAUAAUGUCCAUAAGGAGUCAAUAUGUAGUUUUUAAGAGACAAUCAGUGUGUGUCUUAUAUAAAUGGUACAUCUGUGGUUUUUACUCUGUGCUAGACUUUAAAACUGUGAUCUCCUGUAUUGUGUGCAACGAUGAACCAACCCUUCACUAGCAGAGGGUUCUGCUGUGAUUUUAGUUUAUAAUUAACAGUGAAAUUUGAGCAACUGGAUUACAUAUGACCACUUUUCCUUUUCUUUCUUCCUCUCUCUUUUUUUAAAAAAUGCCUUUCACCAGAGGUACACUGCACUGAAAAAAAAAGUUUUUACAACAAGCUGUCUCUGAAUUAAUAAAUGAAGCAUUGAGAUUUUGAGAGGAAAAAAGCUGGUCAAUGGGGGGGGAAUAUGAGGACUUUAAAAAUCAUCAGUAACAAUAGCUUACUGUUGGGAAAGCUAGCAGUAAAGAGAAAAAUAUUUAAGACAUUAGUCAAUUGCUCUGACCUUGAAUUUCCAAAAGGAGAAAAUCAUCAUUGUUGUUAUGCUUGCAGGUGUGAAAUUGAAAAACAAAACAAAACCAGAGAUAUAUAUGCAU